AAAAACACGAGUUUGUGUGAGUUUCUCAACUUUUUGCAUAUUCCCCCGGCAUUCAUUUAUCUGCUUCAAGAACAUUGAUCAUUUGCAUUAAAAACGUGUUAUUGUGAAAAAUUGUGAAAUCUUUAUAGAUUUUUCGACAUGACUGUUUCGCGGGAAAAGGCAUCAAUUUCGGUGGUGCCUCCCAGCGAAAGUGAACAAAUCGAAUGGUCGGCCGAGGAAGAAAUUCAAUUAUUUUUCGCUUUGGAAGGUUUAAAACCUGUAGGCAUAAAUAAGCAUUUUUACAUGGCUUGCAUUGCUGAUCGGCUUUCAAAGAAUUUGCAACGUGAUGUGCCAGCAGAGGCAAUAUGGGCACAUUUGCGCACAAUGUACAAUUUAGAUGUUUUGGAUGAAUUGGAACCGCUGCCGUUUCCCAAUGAGGAAAAAGAAUUCUCACUGCCGGAGACUGAGUUCUCCGCACUGCUGUCAAAAAAACGUGCUGAGAGCGAAGAGAAACAACGGCUUAGCAGCGUAGAUUCUACUGGUGGUCCGCCAUCUAUUAUCGCCGUUGCUACUGAUAAUACCACAAAGAGCGUUAGUGGAGAAAAAUUGUCUGCACAUAAAGCUAGUUCAAGCAGCCACCAUUCUAAGGAGAUGGAUAAAAAGAUAGCAACAAAACUAGCCGAUAUUCCGAAACGUACACCAAAGCGUACGCGUGGUUCGAUGUCAUUAGAAUCAAAUAGUAGUCCAUCCACAACACCGCCCCCAGUGCAAAGCAAUAAGAGGCGGCGUAUUUAAAUACCAAAACAAAAAAUUAUAAAUAACUUGUAAGCAUCGUUAAUCAAAAGCUGUGUCGUUGAUUCACAAUACCCAUUAGAAUACCACUGGACAAAACCAGUGUCAUCGUUAGAAUUUAUAAUUAUAUUUACACGCAUAUGCACAUACAUAUGUUUAAAUAUAUAUGUAACUAAGUUUUCUCUGUGUAUAGUUCCUAAGUUCACCCAUACAUACAUAAUGUUAAUUUAAUUUUAUCACAGAUUGAUGUCUCCAUUUAAAAACCAAUAUGUAAUGUGAAAACAAAAUAUAUACAUAAGCAUAAGAUAAUAAACCACAUGUGAAAAUUUA